GAGAAAUCUGCGGUGGCUCGUUUCGUAAACUUUUGCGGCGGCUUUCGUCUUUUGAUUAAACUAGCCUUUAAUUGUAAAUAUUUUGAAAAGUAAACAUGCUACUGAUCCGGUGUUUACGGAAGGUAUUGACAGCCAGUGUUGUGCCACAUGGCCAACAGGUGCAACGGUGCUUCCACUCUGCGGUCAGAGCGAAUUCACCCAUGGUGCCCAUCGUUAUUGAACAAACAGGUCGAGGAGAGAGGGCCUACGAUAUCUAUUCCAGGUUAUUGAAAGAACGCAUCAUAUGCCUCAUGGGCCCUAUUGACGACACCAUCGCCAGCCUGGUGGUGGCCCAGAUGCUGUUCCUCCAGUCGGAGAGCAAUAAGAAACCCAUCCACAUGUACAUCAAUAGUCCAGGCGGUUCAGUAACGGCGGGCUUGGGCAUCUACGACACCAUGCAGUACGUCCUACCGCCCAUCUCCACGUGGUGCGUGGGGCAAGCCUGCAGCAUGGCGUCCCUGUUGCUAGCGGCGGGGACGCCGGGGAUGAGGUACAGCCUGCCCAACUCCAGGGUCAUGGUGCACCAGCCGUCGGGCCAAGCAGCGGGCCAAGCCACUGAUAUUCAGAUCCAAGCGGAGGAGAUCUUGAAGAUCAAAGGCAACAUCAACAACCUUUACGUCAAACACACCAAGCAGCCCCUGGAAGCGAUAGAGUCGGCGAUGGAGAGAGAUCGGUUCAUGAGCCCCGAGGAGGCCAAAGAGUUUGGGAUCAUCGACAAUGUGCUGGAGCACCCUCCACUCCCCGGCAAAGACGAAUCCAAAGAUGAAGGCAGCAAAUGACGACAAUAAAUGCAGACUCUCUCGUUUAUAUGACCCCCGACCUGACCAAGUUGUCAAAACUGAACCGAAUUCUCUGGGCGACGUUGUACGCAGCCGUCAGUACAGGCUGCAUUAGAUGCAUCCUCUGCAGUACUUAGCAAAUAAAUCAGAUUGGAACCGACGAGGCGAACCGUGACAAGCAGGGUGAUCUGGUGGUGAGACACUCGCACUGGCACGGAGGUGGUCAGGGGUUAAAAUCCCGCCAGACCAGGCCGGGACAUUCUCUCAGAAGCUUUGGGAAAACACCAGGCAUAUUUGUGGUUGUGGACUGCAUUGGGAAAGGGGAAACAAACAACUGGCAAGUUGUGAAUAAUGAAUUCUUGGGUAGUAAGGGUAAUUGUGUGUUCCUUUCUGAUGCACGUACAAAGAAACUAUAACAUAAGACUGUAGGGCUGUGCCGAAUAUCUGGAUAUUCAAUCGAGUAUCGAACACUCGAAUAUUGUUUUCCGAAUAUCCGGAUAUUCGACUGCAAAAUUCAUGAAAACAAAGGGAGAAUUUUCUUCAUUUUAAAUGUGAAAAACUGCAC